AUGGGAAAGUUCAUAGUCCAUUUCGUCCGCCACGCUCAAGGCUACCACAACGUACCAACGGAGAACCACCUGCAAAUCCCUGACCCAGACCUCACACCACUCGGCGUCACACAAUGCGAGGCACUUGCCAAGAGCUUCCCCUACCACAACCAGAUAACACACCUCAUGUCCUCGCCCAUCCGCCGUGCCCUCUACACCUGCCUCUACUCCUUCCCCGGGUCCGUCGAGCGCGGCCUGCCCGUGCUCGCCCUCCCCUUCGCCCAGGAGUUCAGCGACUACCCCUGCGACACGGGCUCGCCCAUCUCCAAGCUAGCCGCGGAGUUCGAGGGCAAGGUCGACCUCAGCCUCCUGGACGACGACUGGAACUCGAACAAGGGGAAGUGGAGCCCGCACUGCGACGCAAUCGACGCGCGAGCGAGGGAGACGCGGCGCUUCCUGAGGCAGGCCGGCAGGAACUGGCUGGGGGAGAACGACAGGGACUGCCAUAUCGUGGUCUCGACGCACGGGGGCUUCUUGCAUUACGUGACGGGGGAGUGGUCGGGGACGGGAGGCUCGGCGGGCACGGGGUGGCGGAACUGCGAGUUUAGGAGCUUCACGUUUGAGGAGGGGGAGGACGAGGACGCGAGUCUGGUGGAGUUGGAGGAGAGUAGGGCGAGGAGACCCGAGGAGAAGCUCUUGUCGACGGAGGAGCAUAGGGCUCUGAGGGAGUUUGCGGAGAGCGAGUGGGUCAAGGGAGGGUAUCAAAAGUUGCCGUUGCCUGAUGUGCCGUUCGGUAUGGAUGAAAGCAAUUAA